AUGGGGACAUUCUACUUCGCAGUUUCGACACCUCUCAAAAUGACAAAGACUCACAAGGUUGAAGUCACCAUCGUGAACAAUUCUGACUACGAGCUCCACUUUAAAGAAGACAAGUUCGAGCACGGACGCCUUGCCGACGGUGCAAACUGGUCGAAGGUGAUCUCGUCUCGUCAAACAGUCACGACUUUAUGCUACGAGAGAGACUGGGCGCUCUCCGGAUGCUCCGGUUGGGUCACAUACACCACAGCGGACAACCAAUCUCCCAUCUGUUUCUCUUUCUCAAAUCCUGCUGCCGGAGAAAACGGGAUCGACGUCGGUCAUGACAACGGUAUUUGGGACACGAUGACCAGUCACUACAUCACUGUCACCCGAACCGUGCACCAAACGAAAGAGUCUUGUUACUACGUUCGAAUGAAGAGUACAAGCGGGGACACCAACAAGGCUGUUUUUGAAAUCUACCCAUUGGUCUUGAAUCACGUUUAUUCCGAGAAUCAGUACCUCGACGAUGUCGUCGAGACUUUUAAUUCGGUCUCGCCCGCAAAUUCUCGCCGGACGUACUUCAAAUGCCUCAAAGAUCCCACCGAUAUCCCGGGACUCCUCAAGUCACACUUCAAGGGAAUCUCUGUUUAUGGCGGUCAUGACUUCAAUAGAAAGUUCAUCUUCAGUCACACUGACGUUGGGGAGGGGGCCAAGAAUGGAUCGAUUAUCAUCGCCGAAGAUCUCGGAGAGGAGCUUCAAACAACAGAAAACACCCUUCCCACUCUGCAUCCAGGAUGGAGGCACCCCUGCUCUUCACAGGCUUGCGGGAGUUACAUGGCGCUUGGCAUCCAGGAGGAUGUUGACUCAGAGUCUUCCGAGAUCCAAAUUCUCGACAUUCGGCCAGUUGCCGCCAACCUCGGUCCAACCAUCAUCGGACGCAUCGAUCGACCGACUGGUGGCACCAACGGCGUCGGUAUGACUAGGGAGAGAGGCGAGCUCGGUCGGUACAUCGUUGCAGCUAUCAACGGUAACAAGAUCGACUUUUACAGGUCCGCAUAUUCAGUGCUGCCUCCCUUUCACCCCUUCGGUGACUUUGAAUGCCUGACGCCAGAUCACAAGCUCGAGUUCCCUGUUUCGGGAGCUGGCUUAGGUCUUGUGACACAGAAAGAUGGUCAAAUCUUUUUGAUUGCUUUGGACGCCGACGACUCCACCGAGAACAACACUGCUUAUCUUUUCAGCGUCAAACUCUUGCAGCAGAAGAACGAAAAGGGCCAAUUCGUAACGCUGCAGAAAAUCAACCAAAUUGCGCUUCCUGUCGACACCGUCAGCGACAGUGUCAAGUUGUUCGGAGCAAAUAUCGCGCUACUGACCCCUGUCAUCGGUCCUAUCCUCGUUGCCCUACUAUAUGCUCUUUACAACAAAUUUGGUGUCAAACGCCUCUCGAACUCAUUCCGGUAUGGCAAAGGGCUCUUCGUCAGCGACAGCAAGACUAUCGAAUUCUUCGCCACGGAUCGCAACGUGGCGGUGUUUCCUCCCUUGCUUGGAUUGGAGAAGAACUUUUCAAUCAUGACCUGGACUGGCCGCGCACCCUAG